UUUUGUGGAAACACCUGAACGUACAUGGUUUUCGAAAAAAGUUUUUUGAAUAAAUCAUCGUAGACACCAUACCUGUGAUUGCAGUCUUCUCUUCUGCAGAUUGGCGGGACGAUUUUCAUUUUCAGUUAUCCCCGAUUUCAAGUUUUGUGAAUGCUGACGGGCUAAUAAUCAUCAAAUAUAAUUUGGAUACAUAACAUCGGCAAUGUAUCCAGACAUGGGUGUGACGUAUACGAUUAUCUUCUUUUGGCUUGCGUUGAGUAUACAACACAUAUUCUGCUUGUCAGAGUUUCAUGGCAUCCUAACGGAAGAAGAGCUUAAGACAUACACAAAGCAAACAAGUGUAAAAGAAUACGACAUCAUCUCACCGCGGAUUCAAAAUGCGCCUUCGGUAAGGAAACGAAGCACAGAUUCAACCGAUCACAAUGAAGCACACAAAGUUACCUUCACUGCAUUCGAUGAAGAGCAUCAUUUAACCCUUACGAAAAACCAUUGGCUCCUUAUACCCGGCCUGGAGGUGGAAUAUGUCCAACCAGAUGGAUCGAUCCGGAAAGAACCGGUUCAAUCAAGAGACUGUCAUUUCUUUGCUACCUCAAUCUCUCAUCAAGGAUCGACAGGAGCUCUAAGCACGUGCGGUGGAGUGAGAGGAGCACUUUCAGUUAAAGAUGAGAUGCUGUACAUUGAACCCCUCAAAGGGGGCCACAUGAAGAGGAUGAAGAGGAGUAUGGAAGAUGAUAUCCAACCUCAUAUCAUCUAUAAACGAAGCGAUUCGGAUGAUGAACUUUUCUGCCCGGUGGGACAAUCCGCAGCAGCAAACAGUGCAUCAUCAGGCGGUAGUGGUGGAUCCAGCGGCAAUGUGACUACCUACACAGGAGCUUAUCUUGGCGCCAAAUUCAUGGAAAUAUAUUACGUAGUAGACGGUCUUGUUUAUGAUGAACAUGGGAAUGAUACGGAGACAUAUGCAAUGACAGUACUUAACAUUAUGAGCAGGCGAUUCGCAGAUCCAAGUCUGGAUAUCAGUAUGAGAAUAUCAGUGGUUCGUUUUCUCAUCUCAAUGACAACUACUCUGACGGCAACUAACACCACAGGAACUCCUGUUUCUGUGAAUACUUCGACAGACACUGAUGCAACCCUAACAAACUUCUGCAACUGGCAGGCUUCACAAAGUGUUGAUGACGAUACGAACCAAGACGAUUGGGACCUCGCCAUUCUCUUCACAGGGCACGACCUACAGAGAGACGGUUUUUCUAGUCUUGUGGGACUAGCAUAUACGGGUGCGACCUGCGGAUUGAAUACGAAGUGUAAUAUAAAUGAAAACAUUGGGUUUGCAUCAGGACUGGUCAUGGCACACGAAACAGGGCACUCACUUGGUGUAGCACAUGACGGUGAUGCAGAUUACGAAUCGUGCCCCACGGGCAUGAACAUCAUGUCUCCAUCACUCUCAUUUAGCAGUGGAGUUUUCGAAUGGUCAUCCUGUAGUUCUGAACACAUGAAAAUAUUCUUGCGUCAAUCAAGUAGUCAAUGUUUGGAUGAUGUACCAAGCUUUACGCUGUCCCCCAUCGAUGAGUACCCUGGUGAGAUAUAUGAUCGAGACCAACAGUGUCAAUUCGCCAUGAAAAAUCCUGACGCACUUGCAGGUUGUUCCAGUGAAUCUUGCACUAUCCUUUUUUGUUUGCUGCCGGGAGAAUCCUCGUGUACAAGCGCGAACCAACCUGCUGAAGGCACUCCUUGUGGAUCGGGCAUGUGGUGCAUUAAUGCCGAAUGCGUCAACAGCACGUUAAACUAUACACUGCCUGUCGAUGGCGGGUGGUCGGAGUACGGAAACCUCUCAGAUUGCUCGAGAACAUGUGGGACAGGGGUUCAAAUCCGGAGUCGUACCUGUACUAAUCCGAGCCCUCAGUGGGGAGGAAUGCCUUGCAUCGGCGAUAGCCACCAAUAUACACUUUGUAACGAAGAGCUUUGUGCAACAUCUCAGGAUGACUUCCGCGAUGAGCAAUGCAGUGCAACAAACUCAAUCGCUCUGAAUGGACAACUUUACACCUGGUCAGACUAUCAAGAACCCUCAAACUGCAACUUACGUUGCAUAGCCCCGGGCAUAGCCACGUCCUUGAUUCAUGAUAGACCUGGUGAUUUUUGUGAUGGCACGCAGUGUUGGUACGAUGAUGGGAAUGAUGUCAAAUCAACCAACUUAUGUAUAUCUGGACGCUGUGAGCGAUUCGGUUGCGAUGGAGUUCUGAAUUCUGGUCUUUUCUAUGAUGAUUGUCGUGUCUGCGGAGGUGAUGGCUCGUCUUGUAACUGUACAACUGGAUCAGCUACCACUAGAAUGGACGCUGUAGAGGCAGUUUAUGUGACAAUACCAAUCGGAUCGACAAGCAUUACAGCAGACACGUAUGGUUCAUCACAGUUUGUAGGACUCCGAGUGAAUGGGGACUUCAUUUUUGGAGUUAAUACGACUGACGUGAACAUUGUCACUAGCAGAGGGCGCUAUAGCAUUGGCCACAUGGUGGUCGAUUAUGAUUAUGUAUUCAAUAUUGAAUCACAUUUACAGUCACUCACAGAACCUUCAACAGAGAAUCUAGAUAUUUUAGUUUGGGCAGGAUCACCCUCGGACCCAAUAAACUUCACUUAUAGGUAUUGCACCCCGGCUGCGAUACCACCAACUCCUAUGAAUUCUAUGCCAGCUACAUACUCGGUAAGUUCAACUCCGAUGAGCACGGCUUCUGAUUCAUCAUCAUAUACCAUGUCUUCAGCAACUUCUACAUCAGAAGCUUCUGUUUCAAUUAGUUCUAUGCGAGCAACAGACUCGAUAGUAAGUUCUAUUCCGACGGGCACAGUGUCUGAUUCAUCAACAUUUACCAUGUCUUCAGCAAAUCCUUCAUCAGAAGCUUCUGUUUCUAUGACUUCCAUGCUAGCAACAGACUCAAUAUUUAGUUCUGCUCCAAUGGGCACAGUGUCUGAUUCAUCAUCAUUUACCAUGUCUUCAGCAACUCCUACAUCAGAAGCUUUUGUUUCUAUGACUUCUAUGCCAGCAACAGACUCGAUAGUAAGUUCUAUUCCGACGGGCACAACGUCUGAUUCAUCAUCAAUAACCAUGUCUUCAGCAACUCCUACAUCAGAAGCUUCUGUUUCUAUGACUUCUAUGCCAGCAACAGACUCGAUAGUUGGUUCUACUCCGAUGGGCACAGUGUCUGAUUCAUCAUCAUUUACCAUGUCUUCAGCAACUCCUACUUCAGAAGCUUCUGUUUCUGUGAUAGUUAGUUCUACUCCGAUGGGCACAGUGUCUGAUUCAUCAUCAUUUACCAUGUCUUCAGCAACUCCUAGAUCAGAAGCUUCUGUUUCUGUGACUUCUAUGCCAGCAACAGACUCGAUAGUUAGUUCAAUUCCGACGGGCACAACGUCCGAUUCAUCAUCAAUAACCAUGUCUUCAGCAACUCCUACAUCAGAAGCUUCUGUUUCUAUGACUUUUAUGCCAGCAACAGACUCGAUAGUUAGUUCUAUUCCGACGGGCACAACGUCUGAUUCAUCAUCAAUAACCAUGUCUUCAGCAACUCCUACAUCAGAAGCUUCUGUUUCUAUGACUUCUAUGCCACCAACAGACUCGAUAGUAAGUUCUAUUCCGACGGGCACAGCGUCUGAUUCAUCAUCAUUUACCAUGUCUUCAGCAACUCCUACAUCAGAAGCUUCUGUUUCUAUGACUUCUAUGCCACCAACAGACUCGAUAGUAAGUUCUAUUCCGACGGGCACAGCGUCUGAUUCAUCAUCAUUUACCAUGUCUUCAGCAACUCCUACAUCAGAAGCUUCUGUUUCGGUGACUUCUAUGCCAGCAACAGACUCAAUAUUUAGUUCUGCUCCAAUGGGCACAGUGUCUGAUUCAUCAUCAUUUACCAUGUCUUCAGCAACUCCUACAUCAGAAGCUUUUGUUUCUAUGACUUCUAUGCCAGCAACAGACUCGAUAGUAAGUUCUAUUCCGACGGGCACAACGUCUGAUUCAUCAUCAAUAACCAUGUCUUCAGCAACUCCUACAUCAGAAGCUUCUGUUUCUAUGACUUCUAUGCCAGCAACAGACUCGAUAGUUGGUUCUACUCCGAUGGGCACAGUGUCUGAUUCAUCAUCAUUUACCAUGUCUUCAGCAACUCCUACUUCAGAAGCUUCUGUUUCUGUGAUAGUUAGUUCUACUCCGAUGGGCACAGUGUCUGAUUCAUCAUCAUUUACCAUGUCUUCAGCAACUCCUAGAUCAGAAGCUUCUGUUUCUGUGACUUCUAUGCCAGCAACAGACUCGAUAGUUAGUUCAAUUCCGACGGGCACAACGUCCGAUUCAUCAUCAAUAACCAUGUCUUCAGCAACUCCUACAUCAGAAGCUUCUGUUUCUAUGACUUUUAUGCCAGCAACAGACUCGAUAGUUAGUUCUAUUCCGACGGGCACAACGUCUGAUUCAUCAUCAAUAACCAUGUCUUCAGCAACUCCUACAUCAGAAGCUUCUGUUUCUAUGACUUCUAUGCCACCAACAGACUCGAUAGUAAGUUCUAUUCCGACGGGCACAGCGUCUGAUUCAUCAUCAUUUACCAUGUCUUCAGCAACUCCUACAUCAGAAGCUUCUGUUUCUAUGACUUCUAUGCCACCAACAGACUCGAUAGUAAGUUCUAUUCCGACGGGCACAGCGUCUGAUUCAUCAUCAUUUACCAUGUCUUCAGCAACUCCUACAUCAGAAGCUUCUGUUUCGGUGACUUCUAUGCCAGCAACAGACUCGAUAGUAAGUUCUAUUCCGACGGGCACAGCGUCUGAUUCAUCAUCAUUUACCAUGUCUUCAGCAACUCCUACAUCAGAAGCUUCUGUUUCUAUGACUUCUAUGCCAGCAACUGACUCGAUAGUUGGUUCUACUCCGAUGGGCACAGUGUCUGAUUCAUCAUCAUUUACCAUGUCUUCAGCAACUCCUACAUCAGAAGCUUCUGUUUUUAUGACUUCUAUGCCAGCAACAGACUCGAUAGUAAGUUCUAUUCCGACGGGCACAGUGUCUGAUUCAUCAUCAAUAACCAUGUCUUCUGCAACUCCUACAUCAGAAGCUUCUGUUUCUAUGACUUCUAUGCCAGCAACAGACUCGAUAGUAAGUUCUAUUCCGACGGGCACAGUGUCUGAUUCAUCAUCAAUAACCAUGUCUUCUGCAACUCCUACAUCAGAAGCUUCUGUUUCUAUGACUUCUAUGCCAGCAACAGACUCGAUAGUUGGUCCUACUCCGAUAUUCACAGUGUCUGAUUCAUCAUCAUUUACCAUGUCUUCAGCAACUCCUACAUCAGAAGCUUCUGUUUCUAUGACUUCUAUACCAGCAACAGACUCGAUAGUAAGUUCUAUUCCGACGGGCACAGUGUCUGAUGCAUCAUCAAUAACCAUGUCUUCUGCAACUCCUACAUCAGAAGCUUCUGUUUCUGUGACUUAUAUGCCAGCAACAGACUCGAUAGUUAGUUCUACUCCGAUAUUCACAUUGUCUGAUUUAUCAUCAUUUACCAUGUCUUCAGCAACUCCUACAUCAGAAGAUUUUGUUUCUAUGACUUCUAUGUCAGCAACAGACUCGAUAGUAAGUUCUAUUCCGACGGGAACAACGUCUGAUUCAUCAUCAAUAACCAUGUCUUCAGCAACUCCUACAUCAGAAGCUUCUGUUUCUGUGACUUCUAUGCCAGCAACAGACUCGAUAGUUAGUUCUACUCCGAUAUUCACAUUGUCUGAUUUAUCAUCAUUUACCAUGUCUUCAGCAACUCCUACAUCAGAAGCUUCUGUUUCUAUGACUUCUAUGCCAGCAACAGACUCGAUAGUAAGUUCUAUUCCGACGGGCACAGUGUCUGAUUCAUCAUCAAUAACCAUGUCUUCUGCAACUCCUACAUCAGAAGCUUCUGUUUCUAUGACUUCUAUGCCAGCAACAGACUCGAUAGUUGGUUCUACUCCGAUAUUCACAGUGUCUGAUUCAUCAUCAUUUACCAUGUCUUCAGCAACUCCUACAUCAGAAGCUUCUGUUUCUAUGACUUCUAUACCAGCAACAGACUCGAUAGUAAGUUCUAUUCCGACGGGCACAGUGUCUGAUGCAUCAUCAAUAACCAUGUCUUCUGCAACUCCUACAUCAGAAGCUUCUGUUUCUGUGACUUCUAUGCCAGCAACAGACUCGAUAGUUGGUCCUACUCCGAUAUUCACAUUGUCUGAUUUAUCAUCAUUUACCAUGUCUUCAGCAACUCCUACAUCAGAAGCUUCUGUUUCUAUGACUUCUAUGUCAGCAACAGACUCGAUAGUAAGUUCUAUUCCGACGGGCACAGUGUCUGAUUUAUCAUCAUUUACCAUGUCUUCAGCAACUCCUACAUCAGAAGAUUUUGUUUCUAUGACUUCUAUGUCAGCAACAGACUCGAUAGUAAGUUCUAUUCCGACGGGAACAACGUCUGAUUCAUCAUCAAUAACCAUGUCUUCAGCAACUCCUACAUCAGAAGCUUCUGUUUCUGUGACUUCUAUGCCAGCAACAGACUCGAUAGUUAGUUCUACUCCGAUAUUCACAUUGUCUGAUUUAUCAUCAUUUACCAUGUCUUCAGCAACUCCUACAUCAGAAGAUUUUGUUUCUAUGACUUCUAUGUCAGCAACAGACUCGAUAGUAAGUUCUAUUCCGACGAGCGCAGUGUCUGAUUUAUCAUCAUUUACCAUGUCUUCAGCAACUCCUACAUCAGAAGAUUUUGUUUCUAUGACUUCUAUGUCAGCAACAGACUCGAUAGUAAGUUCUAUUCCGACGGGAACAACGUCUGAUUCAUCAUCAAUAACCAUGUCUUCAGCAACUCCUACAUCAGAAGCUUCUGUUUCUGUGACUUCUAUGCCAGCAACAGACUCGAUAGUUAGUUCUACUCCGAUAUUCACAUUGUCUGAUUUAUCAUCAUUUACCAUGUCUUCAGCAACUCCUACAUCAGAAGAUUUUGUUUCUAUGACUUCUAUGUCAGCAACAGACUCGAUAGUAAGUUCUAUUCCGACGGGAACAACGUCUGAUUUAUCAUCAUUUACCAUGUCUUCAGCAACUCCUACAUCAGAAGCUUCUGUUUCUAUGACUUCUAUGUCAGCAACAGACUCGAUAGUUGGUUCUACUCCGAUGGGCACAGUGUCUGAUUCAUCAUCAUUUACCAUAUCAUCAGCAACUCCUACAUCAGAAGCUUCUGUUUCUAUGACUUCUAUGUCAGCAACAGACUCGAUAGUUGGUUCUACUCCGAUGGGCACAGUGUCUGAUUCAUCAUCAAUAACCAUGUCUUCACCAACUCCUGCAUUGGAAUCCUCUGUUUUUAUGACUAUGUCUGUUCCGGUAGUUACGGAUUCAAGUGCACCUGCAAACUCUGCUCACGCCACACCUACACCAACUAUAUCAUCGAGUGAUGUAUCGACCAUGAGUUCUAUGACUCCAACAACUCCGACAGACCCAUGCACAUUAUCACCCUGUCAAAACGGAGGUACUUGCUCGUCAAGUAAUGGUGUGUAUCAAUGCACGUGUCCUGACACACACGAAGGAACCAACUGCGAUACAGAGAUCGACCCAUGCACAUUAUCACCCUGUCAAAACGGAGGUACUUGCUCGUCAAGUAAUGGUGUUUAUGAAUGCACGUGUCCUGACACACACGAGGGAACCAACUGCGAAACGGAGAUCGACCAAUGCUUAUCCUCUCCCUGUCAAAAUGGAGGCACUUGUUCGUCGAGCAAUGGUGUUUAUCUAUGCACGUGUCCUGACACACAUGAGGGGACCAACUGCGAAACGGAGAAGACUACCUGUGUCGUUGUUGGGUGUCCCUCAGGCGAAACAUGUACUACCGAAUCUAACGUGUGUGAAUGUAGUGGGAAUACAGUAAGAAAUAACAACGGUGUGUGCAGAGCACCCCGAAGUGCCUUCACUAUACAAAUUGUGAUCGUGGCAUUCCAAACCAUCACAGACUUUCAGGACAUCGUCAACAAUCAAAAUUCAGCAACUUCUAUGGAAAUCAGACAGAGUCUUACUGUCAUCUUAUUUACAGUGUAUAGAAGACGGUAUGGGACGCUCUUCAUCGGCGUGAUCAUCAGAAGCUUUUCUCUCGGGAGCCUCGAAGUCGAGGCUGAUCUCAUGUUCGGUGAACCCGAAAACCCCACAGACACACAACAACCCCCAACAAAUAACAUGGAAAUUGCCGAUGUAUUUACAAAUAGUCUCCAGACCAUGGACAAUGCAAGUACUACUGGCGACUUUGUGUUGGAUACAACAAGAACGACCGUUACUGAUACCGAUGAGUGUUCCAACAGUACGUUCAACGAUUGUAGCCAGUAUGCUGACUGCACAAACACGGUCGGUAGCUUUACAUGCGCAUGUCUGGAUGGCUUCCAAGACACAUCUCCUACUGAUGAAGACCUUGGAAGACAAUGUGAAGAUUUCAACGAAUGUAGCAAUUCAAAGAUCUGUCCAGAGUUUGCUACUUGCAUGAACUCUCCUGGUAGUUUCUCGUGUACAUGCUUGCCUGGAUUCACUGGUAAUGGCAGUAGCUGCACACCGGUAGAUGAAUCUGGCGUCCUUAGCGACGCAGAACUUGCAGGACUUGUAAUCGGGGGAGUGGUCAUCGUCUUCCUCGUCUUCAUCAUAAUCAUAACAAGCUUCAUAUUGAUUCGUCGAAUGAUGUUAAGGCGGACAAAAUCAGAAAAGACUAUUAAUCGUCUUGGUCCACUCAACGGAGGGAGAGGUGCAGGGCCCUUCAUCAAUGGAUAUUACGGAGACGAUUAUCCGCUAGCAGACUACCCAUCCGAAAUGGAACUCGGACCCAUCGAUAAACCGGGAUAUCAUAAUGGUGCUUAUUACCGAGAGCCCGAAGAAAGAGAGGGAUUUAGUAGACCGUAUAUGACUGCAGGAGAAAAUGAACAAAUGCCGCACUAUUGAUAGCACCAGCACGCUGGCGCUUCAAUUCAAUUAUUGCGGACACAACGCGACAUCUUUGGGGAAGUAAAUAUUGUACAUAUUGAUUUUUAUCUCAGGGCCCUCAAGGACAGCAGUUUGGUAACUGAUGAGGCCACCCUGAUUGAAUAAAACUGAAAAUAAAUAAAAUAAGGGAGUAAGCAUUUUAUUUACGUUUUGUCGAAGAAACUAUUUUAUCCAAGAGAAAAUAUUUUUUUAUUUAACGUGCCAUGUUUCAAGAGAUGUAUUAUACUCAGGCGAUUCUUGGAGGAGAUGGGAACGAGAUAUUUUCAGCAACCAAUGGUCAAGAAUCAUCUAGUCGAUUAAGCCUAAGGGAAUCACCGCGCUUGGUUAUAUAUUUCGUAUAAAUCUUUUGAAUGUAAUACACUUAGAAAAUUUAUCCUAAAAAAAUCCUGCAGCAGUCUCAAGAACACCUGUAAUCUUACCAGAUUACGUAAUAUUGCAUUGUAUCGUGUAAAAUUACUGGAAAUUGUUUUUGGUGUAUGGCAUCAUACAAAUUUCUUGAAAUAAAACAGCAUUUCCCCCUUUUUCAGCAGACCUGUUCUGUUAAAUUGUAGAACAAUUCCAGUUUUAAGUAUUUACAGAAUGAUUCUGUUAUUGCUUUCUGCAUUAUCUUGUUUUUUCUGUAAAAUCAGGCUUUUAAACAGUGUAGAGGUCAAUCACUAUUUAGAUUUAAAGAUUAUUUAAAGGAGAAUGAAACUCUUGGAGCAAGUUAGCUUUUGUGAAAGCAGAAAAAUCAAAGAAUAAGAUCAACAAAAGUUUGAGUAAAAUAGGACUAGCAAUAGAAGAGUUAUGAGCAUUUGAAUGUCGAGAUCACUAAUGCUAUGGAGAUCCUCCCAUUGGCAAUGCGACCAAGAUCUAUGAUGUCACAGAUGAACAACUCUCCCCUUUUGGACACUGAAAAUAUACCCCAAAACAUCUCUUUUUGCUCAUUCUAAUCAUAUGACAAACGAUUCAUCAAUGAUAUAAUGUUGUGGAACCUCUGUACUUGUCCUCUCAUAAAGAGAACACCUCUCCUUGUGAUAGACUCUAUAAAAGUGAGAAUAUAAGUGAAAUAAGUACUAAAGUAAUGAGGGAGUUGUACGUGUGUGACAUCACAGAUCUUGGUCGCAUUGCCAAUGGGAGGAUCUACAUGGCAUUAGUGAUCUCAAUAUUCAAAUGCUCAUAACUUUCUUAUUAUUCAUUCAAUCUUCCUCAAACUUUCAACAAUAUGUUUCUUUGAUUUUUCUCUUUGAUAUGGAUUCAGCUGGUUUCAAGGGUUUCAUUCUCCUUUAAGCAAUCGAAGAUAAUAUGUCAUAUUUAAUAGCUGGUGUUCUGAUUCACUUCGUUCAAUGUGGUGUCCCAUAAGGCUACAUUCUAGACUCGCCAUUAUUUCUGCUCUAUGCCAAUGAAAUUUUUUAUACAUCCUCCAUAACUAUCUUUGUUAUUACUCGCUGACGACACAAAUAUAUUUUCUCCUAGAAAUCUCGCUGAUAUAUUGAAAUUCCAGUCCCUUUGUCUUUUGAUGACAUGUUUAAUUUCAUUAGCUCUGCCCAUACAUACCUAAUUCGUAUAUGUGGAAACUUUCAUCUUACACACCUCACACAAUAUAAUUUAUUACCUCUAAAUCUUUUUGACAUUAGCGACUACACAUUUGGAAUAAUCUUUCAGACAAUAUUGAAUCUUGUUCGACCAUAAUCCUUAAAAGUAAUUCUUAGCGAAACUAUCAUACAGUGUUAUGCAUCCCAUAGGCCUACUCCAAAUUAACAUAUUGCUCACAUAAUUGUUCGCGUUCGUUCUUAUUCUCAUUAUACUAAAUCGAUACCUGUAUCAGUGCAUAUGUUGCAGUAAAUAAUACUCUUAUGGGGUGUUGCAAGAAAAUAUUUGCGAUCAAUUGCAAAUAUUCUGUUGCAAUUUUACAACUGAUAGAUAAACUUUAGCUGUAGCAAAUCAGAUUAAACUUCUAGUUUCAAAGAGCAGAUUAGCAAUCAAUCACUAAUUUGAAAUUAACUACAAAACAUAUGAUUGAUUCAAGGACCAAAAAUAAACUUGCAAUUGAUCGCAAGUUUCUUGCAACACCCCAUUAGUCACAAACAUUUCAUGAGGUUGUCAUCAAUUUCCAACUCGACCGCUCACGACAGUGUUCUCUUGCGAUCAUUGGGUGAUAUCAUUGAUUACGUUAUUUAAAAAAUAGUAAUAUUCACAUGUCUUAUUUUGUAUUUGAUAUGUAUUAUAACUACAUCCCUUAUAUUAUUGUGGGUUAUUUUGUAAAUUGUGUAUGUAAACAUUUUA